GGAAUUAAUACAUUUUUUGUUUCGUGAAUGUGGUAUCUAUCCCAUAUUACUAACAUUAACUAUACCUAUAUCUAAACAUUUCUUCUAUAUGAUAUGUUGCAAAGUAUAACAUCAUACCAAAACUCCUUAGAUCCAACAUUCACAUUUUAAUACUUAACGAUAAAGUUUUGCACUCUGUCCAAAGCAACAGGUAACGAAUAAAUGAGAGAGACUUUACUGGCGAUAGGACCCUGGGUGGCUCUCUCCUACGUCACCACACCCGCCUUGCGGCGUUUUGUUGGUGCGUGAAGCGUCAAACGGUUCAAAGAGGAAGCAAGAUGGCGGAAAACAAAGACGGAGGGGAGACUGAGAGCCCCGCAAGCAACAAUCCCGAACCUUCCGGGGAGGACGACGGCAGCAACCCGGCGGCGAAAGAGACCGACGCCCUCGUCAUCAUAGACCCGGUCCCGAGUGCCGAGGAAGAGGGUCAGCCCGACAAUAACAACUUAGGCUCGACUCCGAGCAGGGACGCUGGGGGAGAGAGCAGCGGCAGCCCAGCCAACAGCAACACCGAGAACACCGGGGACGCCGAGGAGCCCGCCCCGGCCUCCACGUCGGAGGUGUCCUCCCCUUCCCCGGCACCAGCGCCUCCGGCACCUCCGAUCAACCUGCUGGAUACCUGUGCGGUGUGCAAGCAGAGCCUGCAGAGCCGCGACUGCGAGCCCAAGCUGCUGCCAUGUCUGCACUCCUUCUGCCUGCGCUGCAUCCCGCAGCCCGAGCGCCAGAUCAGCCUGCAGCUGCCGGGCCCGCACGGCCAGGACACCCACAUAGUGAAUGUGAUGCGCUGCCCAGUUUGUCGACAGGAAUAUAAGCAGACAGACCUGGUGGAUAAUUACUUUGUGAAGGACAGCUCUGAGGUUUCCAACGGCUCAGAUGAGAACUCAACACAGGUGUGCACAAGCUGUGAAGACAACGCGACUGCAGUGGGCUUCUGUGUGGAGUGUGGCGAGUGGCUCUGCAAAACCUGCAUUGAAGCUCACCAGAGAGUUAAGUUCACCAAGGACCACAAAAUCAGGAAGAAGGAGGAUGUCUCAUCAGAGUCUGUGGGGACCUCUGGCCAGCGGCCUGUCUUCUGCCCAGUGCACAAGCAAGAGGCACUGAAGCUGUUCUGUGAGACAUGCGACAGACUGACCUGCAGGGACUGCCAGCUACUGGAACACAAAGAGCACAGGUACCAGUUUUUAGAAGAGGCAUUCCAGAACCAAAAGGGGAUAAUCGAGACCUUCAUGGCCAAGCUCCAAGAAAAGAAGAAUUAUGUGCAGUACUCGGCCUCUCAGGUUCAGAGCAGGAUUAAAGAAGUGAAUGAGACGCACAGGAAGGUGGAACAUGAAAUCAAAGUUGCUGUAUUCACGUUAAUUAAUGAAAUCAACAAAAAAGGAAAAUCAUUGCUACAGCAAUUGGAGAGUGUGACGAAGGAGCGCAAUGUGAAGCUGAUGCACCAGCAGCGUGACAUCAACAGCCUAGCCCAGCAGAUCAUGCAUGUUCUCAACUUUGCCAACUGGGCAAUCGGCAGUGGGAGCAGCACUGCUCUGCUCUACAGCAAAAGACUAAUAACAUUCCAGCUGAGGCACAUCCUAAAGGCACGAUGUGAUCCGGUGCCUCCAGCCAAUGGGGCUGUGCGCUUCUUCUGUGACCCCACCUUCUGGGCCAAGAAUGUCGUAAACCUGGGUAACCUAGUGGUGGAGAACAAGGCCCCUGUUGUCCACCCUCCCAACAUGGUGGUGGGGCAGGUGCCCAAUGUGCCGAACCAUGCGGGCAAGCACCCAGGCCAGAUCAACCUGGCACAGCUGCGGCUCCAGCACAUGCAGCAGGCAGCCUAUGCGCAAAAACAGCAGCAGAUACAGCAACAGAUGCGCAUGGCUCCCCAGGUUUCCCAGCAUUCACGGCAAGGGGGGCCCCAAAUGGUCCAGCAGCAGCCUCCACGGUUGAUAAGUAUGCAGUCCAUGCGUGGUGGGAUGAACGGCACUGCCUACCAGGCACACCAAAUGAGGAUGGCACAGAGUCAGAACCGUAUGCCAGGCAUCCCUAGGCACAAUGGGCAGCAGUACCCCAUGAUGCAGCCACAGCUUCAGAGACAGCACUCUAAUCCAGGUCAUGCUGGCCCUUUCCCUGUGGCUUCAAUCCAUAACAGUGCAGCCAAUCCAACCAGCCCUACCACAGGCAGCAUGGCAAGUGCCAACCGCGGUCCCACCAGCCCCUCUGUCACCUCCAUCGAGCUUAUCCCCUCAGUGACGAAUCCAGAAAACCUGCCCUGUCUGCCGGACAUCCCACCUAUACAGCUGGAAGAUGCUGGAUCAAGUACACUUGAUAAUCUGCUAAGCAGAUACAUCUCUGCGUCCCACCAUCUUCCCCUUGGCCCGUCUGGAAGUAUGAACCCCUCCCCAGUCCCAUCUUCACUGUCCCCUGGAUCCACAGGUAUUUCAAAUUCACACACACCUGUACGACCCUCAAGCACAUCCAGCACUGGGAGUCGAGGAAGCUGCCCUCAAUCUGUCUCCAGCUGCGGAUCGUCGGGCAGGACAGCGGCAGUGGCGGCGCCUGCGGUGGAGCCGGUGAAGGUCAAGCAGGAGCCAGGCACCGAGGAAGAGUGCGGCUUCUCAGGGACGCAGGUCAAGCAGGAGCGUAGCGAGGAUGGGAGGCGGAGUGCCUGCAUGAUGAGCAGCCCUGAGAGCAGCCUGACGCCUCCCCUGCCAGCGCCUGCUCCAGCGGACACUGCGGAGAUGGAGACGCUGCGCUCCUUAGAGGAGCGCGUCAAAGUGGAGCCUACAGAGGCGGUGGAGAGCUGCCAGCAGCAGGCCACGCCACCCCUGACCAACGGCAAGAGCUCGUCGCGCAACUCGAUGCACCGCUCCCCCCGGGCCGCCGGUGCCAGCGGCGACAACAAGGACGACGAUCCCAACGAGGACUGGUGCGCGGUCUGCCAGAACGGGGGCAACCUGCUGUGCUGUGACAUGUGCCCCAAAGUCUUCCACCUUACAUGCCACGUACCUACGCUGCUCAGCUUUCCCAGUGGGGAGUGGAUCUGCACCUUCUGUAGAAACCUUUCCAAUCCUCAGGUUGAAUAUAACUGUGACAACCUGCAACACAGCAAGAAAGGAAAGACAGUGCAUGGCUUGAGCCCCAUAGACCAAAGGAAAUGUGAGCGACUUCUCUUGUAUCUGUUUUGCCACGAGCUGAGUGUUGAAUUCCAUGAGCCAGUUCCAGCUUCAAUCCCUAAUUACUACAAAAUCAUAAAGAAGCCGAUGGAGCUGAGCACUGUGAAGAAGAAGCUGCAGAUGAAGCACUCCCAGCACUACCAGAACCCACAGGACUUUGUUGCAGAUGUUCGUCUCAUCUUUAAAAACUGUGCAAGAUACAAUGAAAUGUCUCGAAUUAUCCAAGUAUAUGAUGAGAAAACCCAGAUUAAUGAGCAGGCGGACUCCGAAGUGGCCCAGGCAGGGAAGGCGGUGGCCUGUUACUUUGAGGAAAAACUGAAGGAGCUGUAUCCAGACGAGACCUUCCCACCCACCCCGGACACAGAGCCCGAGGAUGAGGAAGUGACAGAAGAUUCCGACGACGACUUUGUGCAGCCACGCCGCAAACGAUUAAAAUCAGAAGAGAAGCCCAUGCAUAUAAAAUAAAAAAAUUUAAACUGAACAGAAAGCUUCUCUGAAGAGACGGGAA